UCCUUCCCUCCAUCUCAUCUAUCCCUCCUUCCCUCCCUGUUAUCCUCCACUCAGGAAGCUGAUCAGCAGAAGGCCCAGUCCACAGCCAGCUAGGCAGGAUGACAGAAGGGGUGGAGUUGGAGGCCAGACAGAACCAGACCCACAGGACCCAGAGGACCAGACAAAACCAGACCCAGGGCGACACAGUCCUGCUGAGGAGGGGUAGUGGAGGAGAGGGCCCCCAGGGGCCUAAGGGACCCGAGGUUAGGGCAGAGGGGUCCAGGGGAUCUGAGGAUGUGGUAGAGACACAGCCGUCUCAGGACUGGACCGGGGUGAACCACAGUACUGUGAGGAGGAGCACAGACAGUAACUCGGAGGAGCAGGAGGAGGAGCAGGAGGAGGAGGAGGAGGAGGAGGAGGGUUCCCUCCAACACCACCACCUUACUGGGUUACCACCCCACAAUGGCCCAACUGGAGAACCAGGGGCUGGGCUGUCUGGGAACGGGUAUGCCCAACAGGUGGCCCCGGAUGGGGGCUGGGGCUGGGUAGUGCUGGUGGCUACUAUCCUGGUCCUGGCUCUAACGCUGGCCUUCCCUUCCUGUAUUGGUAUCUUUUACACAGAGCUACAGGCUGAGUUCAGCUCCAGCAACACAGAGACGUCCUGGGUGCCUGCUAUCAUGACUGCUGUGCUGCACGCUGGUGGUCCACUAUGCAGCGUGCUCGUGGAGCGCUUUGGUUGCCGGGUAACGGUGAUGGUGGGAGGGGUUCUGAGUGGACUAGGCAUGGUGGUCAGUGCCCUGGCCAGAACCAUCACAGAACUCUACAUCACCAGCAUCAUCGCAGGGUUGGGGUUCUGCCUGUCCUUCCAGCCCUCUGUGACCAUGAUGGGCCACUACUUUUUGAGGCGGCGGGCGUUUGCCAACGCCCUGUCAUCCACCGGCACGGCCCUGGGCCUCAGCACCUUACCCCUGCUGGCCAACUUCCUGCUGGGCCAGUUUGGCUGGAGAGGCAGCUUCCUGGUCCUGGGAGGGCUGCUGUUGAACUGCUGUGUGUGUGGGGCUGUCAUGAGGCCCCUGGGGGCCAAACACAGUGGAGCCCAGAGGAUACUCACUAACAAAGCUGCCCAGGGGCUCGGCAAGCAACCAAUCAAAGGUCCUCUCCAACAGGAGGAGGGACUUAAGGCAAGACUUAGGACAGCGCUCAGUGACCUUGUCGUGUUCCUACGGAGACACAUGGCCUUUGACCUGUUGGUCAGUAACCCUCGUUACCGUGCCUACGCCCUGGGAGUGACGUGGAUGAUGUUGGGGUUUGUAGUUCCCCUGGUCUACCUGGUGCCCUAUGCUACAGCCAAUGGUAUGGAACAGGACCGAGCCGCGCUACUGAUGGCCAUACUGGGCCUGGUCAACAUUGCUGUGAGACCCGUGGCAGCUGUCUUCUUCGGCCUGCCGCGCUUCAGGGGCAGUGGCUGUUUUGUGUAUGUGUUUGCGGUAGCCCUCCUGGUCAACGGGCUGAGUAACAGUAUCUGUGGUGCUGCCGCCACCUUCCCCGUGCUCCUGGUCUACGUGGUCAUCUUUGGUCUGUCCAUGUCUGUGAUUGGCUCUCUGCUGUUCACGGUGCUGAUGGAGACGGUGGAGAUGAGCCGGUUCCCCUCUGCCCUGGGUCUCAUCAGUAUGUUAGAGAGUGGAACACUGCUGAUUGGACCGCCGCUCGCAGGCAUGUUGGUGGACAGUACAGGACACUACUCUUAUGUGUUCUAUGCCUGCAGUGUGAUUGUCUCCUCCUCUGGCCUCUUCCUGAUCGGAGCGUUCUACUAUCUGGACAGACAGAAGAAGAGGGAAGAGAAGAAGAGAGCAGGUACUCCUGCUGCAUACCAACAGAAGCCUGCUAUCAUCCUAGUCCCUGACUGCCAGUACAGCCAUGUUCCUUCUACACAGGGAGGGAAGCCUGCUAUCAGCCUAGUCCCUGACUGCCAGUCCCUCCAUGUGGACAGUCCCCCCCUGGUCCCAGGGCAGAGCGUCAGCUACGUCCAUGGGGCCUCCUCAGUGUCCCUGCUGGGCCAGACGGUGGGUCAGAGUCUUCAGGCUGCAGCCGACCGCUGGCCCCACAGAGAGGCCCUGGUCUUCCUGCAGGAUGGAGUCCGUAAGACCUUCUCUCAGUUUCAGUAG